UUGGGGCCUCCACUUGAUUGUUCUUUCUUGCUCAAAUGCCGGCCUGUGUUGGCGGCUAGCUAGCUUCUUCUUCUUCUUCUUCUUCACAUUGACCAUUUCCUCGCCUCUCAACACUCUUAUUCAACCAUAAAAUCAAUCCAACUCCAGCUAAUUCCUGCGCAAGCUUGCUGCAGCUGCAGUCUUCUGUGGUUUUGCAGGGUGAAGCAGAUGAGAAUCUUGCUGCAGCUGAAGCAAAUGAGGUUCUUGAUCAUGGCAGCCAUCAGGUGGGUGGUUCUUGCAUACAUUGUCGUCAUCGGAUGCGCCACUAUUGCGCGUGGCGAUGAGCAGCCACUGUCGAGGAUUGCGAUCGAGAGGGCGACGGUUGCUGCUGUUGAUUCAGCCAGCGUGAAGGCUCAACCGACAGUUCUUGGCCUGAAGGGUCAAAGUAGUGAUUGGGUGGUGGUUGAAUUCUCCCAUCCGAAACCCUCCAACGACGAUUGGAUUGGUGUCUUUUCUCCUUCUGGAUUCAGCUCUGAAAUAUGCCAACCUGAAUACUAUGGAGACCUCCCACCCUAUCUGUGUACAUCACCUAUCAAGUUCCAGUAUGCAAAUUUCAACAAUGCUGACUACAACAGAAGUGGCAAGGGAUUGCUGAGGCUGCAAUUGAUCAACCAGAGAGAAGACUUCUCAUUCGCGCUCUUUUCGGGAGGCCUUUCUGCUCCAAAGCUGAUUGCUAUCUCAAACAAAGUAUCGUUCCAGAAUCCGAAGGCACCCGUCUAUCCUCGGUUAGCACAGGGGAAAUCUUGGAAUGAAAUGACAGUCACAUGGACAAGUGGAUACAGCAUUAAGGAAGCUAUACCAUUUGUCGAAUGGGGUCAUAAAGGCGGAAACCAGAUGCUUUCUCCUGCUGGAACGUUGACAUUCAGCAGAAAUAGCAUGUGUGGUUCACCUGCACGGACAGUCGGAUGGCGUGAUCCUGGAUACAUUCAUACAAGUUUCUUGAAGGAAUUGUGGCCUGAUUCCUUAUACACUUACAGGCUUGGUCACAGACUACUAGAUGGUACUCACAUUUGGAGCAAGUCUUACAGCUUCCGAGCAUCUCCUUAUCCCGGACAAGAUUCUGUGCAACGUGUCGUGAUCUUCGGAGACAUGGGAAAGGCAGAAAUAGAUGGUUCUGAUGAGUAUGGAAACUAUGAGCAAGCCUCCUUAUACACUACCAACCAGCUAAUCAAGGAAUUGGAUAGCAUUGAUAUGGUUAUCCACAUUGGAGACCUUUCAUAUGCCAAUGGCUAUUUGUCGCAGUGGGAUCAGUUCACACAGCAGAUAGAGCCGAUCGCUUCAACUGUGCCUUACAUGAUUGGCAGUGGUAAUCAUGAGAGAGAUUGGCCUGGAAGCGGGUCAUUCUAUGGACACAACGAUUCUGGUGGCGAAUGUGGGGUCCCUACUCAGACCAUGUUCUAUGUCCCAGCUGAGAACAGGGCAAAAUUAUGGUACUCGACAGACUAUGGCAUGUUCAGAUUUUGCAUAGCUGAUACUGAACAGGACUGGAGACCAGGAACUGAGCAGUAUAAGUUCAUCGAGCAAUGCCUGUCGUCGGUCGACAGGUCGAAGCAACCAUGGCUCAUCUUCCUUGCACAUCGGGUUCUUGGAUACUCAUCUGCGAGUUGGUAUGAGAUCAUGAUGGGAUCAUAUGGUGAACCAAUGGGCCGAGAUGGUCUCGAGGAACUCUGGCAGAAGUACAAGGUUGAUCUCGCAGUUUUCGGUCAUAUACACAGCUAUGAGCGCACUUGCCCCAUUUAUCAGAACCGAUGUGUCCAGGAUGGCUCAAACCUUUACACCGGUCAAUUCAAUGCGACUACUCAUGUAAUUGUGGGAGGAGGCGGCGCGAUGCUCUCUCCCUUCAGAGCCACUGUACCCUAUUGGAGCUUCUUCAGGGACUACGACUUUGGGUUCUCGAAGCUCACUGCACUCAACCACUCUACGCUUCUGUUCGAGUACAAGAAGAGCCGGGAUGGAAAGGUCUAUGACCACUUCACCAUCUCGCGUGAUUACCGAGAUAUCAUGGCAUGCUCAAUUGAUAACUGCCCAAGAACCACCUUGGCAGUAUGAACAGCCUCCACUAGUUCAUUGUCAUUAUCUUUGUGAAGUGUUAGUAUGUGCUGAAGCAUAUAUGCUAAGCAUUGUACUGUUUGACACUGGAUUAUCUAGUGAUAUAGUGACAGUGGAGCUGGAAUAAACCAUCCAAUCAGCCAAAGUCUGAA